AUGAAGUUGUUCAUGCUGAUGGGCGGAGGCCUACUCUUUACAUCCAUUGCUGGAAAAUCCUUUAUAUAUUUCUACAGAGGUGUUAAGAAUAAGAACCUGUUUGUGAAGGCAGCCAAGGUCGGAAGAUAUCACCUUGGUGGCUUUGAACCUGAUAUGACUAGGAGAGAAGCUUCGCUGAUUCUUGGCGUCAGAGAGUCCUCACAAGAGAAGAAAAUCCUAGACGCUCAUAAGAAGUUGAUGAUGAGAAAUCACCCUGAUGUUGGAGGUAGUGCUUAUAUUAGUACCAAGAUUAAUGAGGCCAAGGAAAUGCUGAUGAAAGGCAAGUAAUCUAGCAGUUUAAUAAUAAUUUAUCAACCACUG